UAACUUAAAGGUAUGGGAUCAAGUCCCAUGCUAAGACUAUAUAUAUUCAUUGAUUUAAUCUUAUUGUAUUUUGUAAAUCGUCCAGAUGAACCAUCAGUGGGAGGCUUAUUUAUCGAUUAGCCAUUCAUUAAUAAUCUUAAUCAUUAAUUGAAGUAAACUCAUAUAAAGCAAAAUUAAUAUUCAGUUAAUACACCUUAUCAUGGUUGAGCUUAUUAUUAAUCCCACUUAUAUGAUGGAUUCUUUAAGAAUAAUUAAUUAAGUAAAGCGUAACACUUCAGAUUCUGACGGGAAUUCAUUUUUACAACUUUAUUUAUAUCAAUAUCUGAGGCAUAUUAAUGAACUGAUGUGAAAAAAACGUAUUUGAUCAUCCUUGAUUUACUUAAUAAAUUCUUCCAGUUAACUGAAAUUGGUCAAAUACAGUGAACUAUUACCAUGAUGACAUAAUUAGAUAUACAAAAAAUAGUAUAACUGAAGAAGAAUCAACAUUCAUGCCUAUUCAACAUUUUCCGUUGGAAACAACUAAUUGUACUCCAUCACCGUCAAUUCGAAUAACCAAUGGAACUGAAUGUAAAGUAUUGAUUGCUAUUACUGUUCCAACACGUAAUUGGAAAUACAUAUUCAAAGUUCGUACAGAUAUAUUAAUUGGUGAAUUAAGAAAACAAGCAAUUGAAACAUACAAUUUAAAAGAAUUAGAUUUUAUUAAUUAUGGUUUAUAUUUACCACCAGAAAGUGGUAAAAAAGGCAAAUUUUUACAAGAUGAAAGAACUAUAUCAGAAUAUCCCCAAUUAGUUGCUAUGAAAUUAAAUCCAUAUAAUGAUAAUCAAUUAUUACAUGAAAUAGAAUCAAAUGGAUUAAUGAAUGAUAGAAAAUCUAAAGAACCUGUUGUAUUAGAGCUUCUACCAAAAAUUCGUUUUGUUGAAGAAUAUCGUCUAGAAGGAUCCAAAUCAACAACUAAACGAAUUCAUUCCAAACAUCAUCAAAAACGCUUAUUAUCUGCUAUAAAACGUAAUGAUAUUGGACGUGUUACAGAUUUAUUAGAACAAGGUUUAGAUCCAAAUUUUCAAUAUCCAUCUAGUGGAGUAAUCCCAUUAGGUUGUGCAGCAGAAUUGACUGAUCCACGUGAAAUGAUAUUACAACUUGUUAAUGCUGGAGCACAUUUAGAUUAUCGUGAUUCAAAUACAAUGACUGCAUUACAUAGAGCUGCAAUCAAUGGAAAUUUAAAAGCUAUUGAGGUAUUUUUAGAAUUGGGACAAAAUCCUAAUGUACGUGAUAAAAAUAAUUUAACACCAUUAUAUUAUGCUUGUUCAGAAGAUAUUCAACCAGAAUGUAUACAACGUUUAUUAUUUGAUCAUGCUAUACUUGGUGUAACCGAUGAUAAAGGUAGACAAGAAAUUCAUCAAGCUUGUUUAAAUGGUCGUAGUAAAACAUUAAAACAAUUAAUCAUUUAUGGAGCUGAUUUAAAUGCACAAGUUGAAAAUCAUAAUACACCAUUACAUUUAUGUGUAUUAGCUGAUGAAAUGGAUUGUUUAAAUUUAUUAUUACGUUAUGGUGCAUCACCAACAUUAAUUAAUUUAUCCGGACAAACUCCAUAUGAAUUAGCUAUACUUAUUGAACGGAUGAAUUUAGCAAAUAUUUUACAAAAUUUUGAUGAACAUUUAGUUGAGGGAAUUGAUCAAAAACCUGUAUACAAUAAAGAUAGACGACCAACAAUUCAUGGACCAAGAGCAGUGUAUGACAGUGUUCACUUACUUCAAUAUAAUCAUAAUAGUAACCAUAGUAACAGUAAUAAUAAUAACAAUAAUAAUAAUGGUAAUACAAUAAGUACUCGUAAACCAAGUAAACCAAUGUCAGUAGACAGAGAAUUACCUCCAACUCCUUAUCAAAGAUGUUUAUCAUUUGACAUGAAUGAUUUAAAACAACUUACACCAAAACGAAUCAAUCAAUAUGUAUUUCAUAAUAAUAAAAUUGAAUCUCGAACACCAGAUAUAGUUAGACGUAAUAAUCUUGAUAAAAAUGAAACUACUAUGAAUAAUAACAGACCAUUAUUACCUAUUCGACGACAAAUGACAUAUAGUAAUGAUAAUGAUAAUUGUGGAGGAACGAUUUAUAAUGAUAAUAAUUCACAAGAUAUUCCCAAAUUUCCUCGACGAUUAAAUUUCCUAAGACAACGUUAUCCAAACUAUCGUAUACGUUCAAUCAUUUUGGAACGUGGAAUAACUGGUUACGGUUUUAUUAUGCAAGGAUCUGAUAAUUUUAAAGAACGAUCAUUUAUUGCUAACAAUUUACCCAGUCAAGGGAUUUUGAGCGUUCAACGAAAUAGUAAGGCGGAAAAAGCUGGACUUAUACCAGGCGAUUAUAUACUUGAGAUUAAUGGUAUGGAUGUUUAUGAUGCAACGCAUACACAAGUAGUUGAUUUGAUUACAACAACAAGAGAUAUGUUACAAUUAAAAAUUAUCAACUUUCAACAGUUACCAGAAAUUCAGUCGAGAGUUAUUAACGGUAAUCAUAGUAAUAGUAAUAAUAAUACUACUACUACUAAUAAUAAUAGUAUUAUUACUAACACAAAUUUCAACUACAGUAAUAACAAUAUUAGAAUAAUGCAUCGAACUAGUUUUUUACGUGCUGAUCUUAGACGACGUAAUACACAACGUUCUACAAGUGUUGAUAUGGCAUGGAAUACUCGACAGCUUAGUAUUGAUAAUAAUACAAUGGAUAAUAAUCAUAACAUUACUACUGCUACUACUACUACUACUACUACUAAUAAUAAUAAUAAUGACAAUAAUAAUAAUAAUAACUAUCGUCGAUCCAUUCAUACACUGAAUAUUAGUAAAACUAAUUAUUUAGAAAGAAAAUCUCAAUCAGCUGUUUUAAUCAUUAAAGAUGAAACUGAACAGUUGAAAGAUUCAUCAAGAACAACAACGACAACAACAACAGCACAACCACUGUCAACAACAUUAUCAUCAUCAUCAUCAUCAUUAUCACCAUCAAUUUCAUCAUCAUUAUCACCACAUACAUAUGCUGAUAUUACUAAUUUCAAUGAUAGUAGUAAUUAUAAUAAUCAACUUGAAUGUCACAUAUCAAAAUCAUCAAAUUUAUUGUUAUCAAAUGAAUUGAAAAACUCUGAACUUGAUCCAUCAGCAACAACACCAACAAUAACAACUUUACAUAAUGAAUUAACUAAUAGACAAAAUAAGUAUAAAUUCACUAUGAAAUCAUUAUCAUCUUUAACAACAACAACAACAACAACAACAACAACAACAUCACCAUCGUCAUCAUCAUCGUCAUCAUCAUUCUCUGCCCAACAUCUUUUAUAUUUAUCAUCAUCAUCUUUAUCAUCAAAAUAUAAACAAGAUAAUAAGAUGAUGAAUACAUUAAAACAAUAUCAUAAUGAAUCAUCUGAUCAUAAAUGGGAUUCUGAAUCAGAUUUAUUAAAUAUAUCAGAAAUCACUGAGAUUUCUGUUAUAUCUAUGAAUGAUGAAACAUUGAAUAAUAAUAUUGAUAAAGUGGUAGAAUAUAAGAAACAAUCAAAUUUUAUAAAACCAUCAACAGUUAACAUAUUAACACCGUCAUUAAUGUCGUCGACGUCGACGACAUCAUCAUCAUCAUCACCAGUAAAAAAUAAAUUGACAAAUGAAGUAAACUUUCAUAUGAAUGGUAAAUUGAGAUCAAUACAAUCGGAACCAUAUCUUCAUCAAAUGAAAGCUGAAGCGAACAAUGGUAACAAUAAGAAUAAUUAUAAUAAUCAUUCUUGUAAUGAUAUCGAAGCCUCUACAGUACAGAAAGCUCCAAUCAAUAAUAACUUGAAAAUAAAUGGUCAUGAAAUUGAUGAUGAUGAAUCAGAUUCAUGUUUAAUUUAAUCAACAAAAGAAAUAAUAAAUAAUGAUUACAUAAUUAUAAAAAGUAUUCCAGUGAAAUAAUCAAGUCAGUUCAUCAAAUAAAACAAAAAAAACAACGUUUUUCUCUACAGAUUUCAAAUUUAAUUAAUCGUAUAGGAAAAUGUUGACGAAACCAUACACCUACACGCACACCCACACUCUCGCACACACACACACACAAACAAACAAACAAAUAAGUAAACAAACAAUAAUUUAUUUGCAUUUAUUCAAAAUUCUUUGUUACUUAUUUUAUAGUCUACUUUUUAUAUUACUAAUAAAUCAUGAACAAAACUACUGAUAUUCAUUAUUUAUCAUCAUGAUCAUAAUCAUUAUUCCCAUCAUCAUUGUGUGAAAUAUAAAGAUUGAUUUAUAUAUAAAUGAAAUAAUAUUACAUCAUAUAUACAAUACAUGUUCAAUAAUGUACUUGAAUAACAUUGUAACAAGAAGGCAAUCUGUUAUUAUCAUAUCAUUGAUGUUGCUUAUUUAAACAAUCAUACUCAUAAUAUUGAACAUUGAAUAUUAAAUAUUGAACAUUGAAACUAUUAGUGAAUGAUUGAAUUUUGUUUGGCAAGAUUAUAAUUUAUGAACGAACUAAUUAAAUAUUAAAUAAAAAGUUUUGAGAUUUUAGGCGGCAAAAUUCAUUCAUGCAAUUUGGUAAAAUAGAAAUUUUUUUGAUGUUAGUUUAUGAUAUAAAAAAAAACACCCCGAAAUCUAAUUGUUAACCUUUAAUCAUCAUGUGUAAGUGAUAAUUUGAAUUCUUCACUACAUGUUCAUAACUUUCAGUUUGAUCUUCAUUAUUAAAUGAACACUCUCAUGAUUAGUUUGGCAUCAUUUAGACGUUAACCAUAAAUGACAGUCUCACGAAUAUUUUUCAACAACAAAAAAAGAAAAAGAAAAAAGAAAAAAAGAAACAAAACUUUGAAACAAUCACUUCACAUUCCAAUUUCAUUUUGGUUGUUAUUGUUGUUUCUUUAUCAUCUUUAAUAAUGGAUCAUAAUAAAUUGGAUUGUCUUUCUUCUGUUUUCUUUUCUUUCUUUUCUUUUCUUUUUUUACAAAAAAAAACAAAAAAGAAGAAAAGAAACGAAAGUCGAACAGAUUACAUUUAUUAUUAUUAUUAUUAUUUGAAUGAUGUUUGCAUUAAUUUAUAAUACACAUUGAUUGUGCACAAAAUAAUCUUUUUUCUUUUCGAGAUAAGAAAACAAAACAAAAACAAAAAAAGCAAAGAAAAAAAAGAAAGAAAAGAAAACAAACUGAUAUUCAGUAAAAUAAAGAUACCUUUUUCUUUCUUUUUUUUUAAUACAACAAUGGAUGAUUAUGAAUUUCAAUAUUAUGUAAUAUGUUCAUUAAAUUCUUAUUAUUAUUAUUAUUCUCUUUAUAGAUUUCAUUUUACGAAUCAAUAUGUCUGUUUGAAUAAUUUGAUAUGAUGUUGAUAAUGAUGAUGAUCGUGAUCAUGAUCAUGAAUGUUGACAAGUAUUCUUUUCAUAAUCACUUUCAUAUACUUUAAUUCUAAUCUGUUUGAUCUUCCCUUGCUUACUUACCUAC